AUCAACGAGACCCUGUUGCUGGGAGGCAAGACCGGCAGGAAAAUUGGCUGGGUGCAUAUUAUACUGCUGCGGAAGGCGGUCUGCCAUGAAGGCAGAUCGGAGUGUCGAGGGAGGGGUCGCAAGGCGUGUGCGGUCGUGGGGUGCUGGCGGUGGGAAGGUACGUUAUGCGGCAGGAGGUAAAGCGGGCGGCGAGCGAGCACGGCUGGGCCGCCGCAAAGGAGGACGUCGAUGGGCUGAGCGGCGAUGGGACGCGCACAACGGGGAGGAGGGGGAGAGGGAGGGCAGUCGGAGGGACGAUGGUGGUGGGAGGAGAGAGCAGGCGGGGAUCGUGCUCGGGGCUCACCCGAAGGCGGACAUACACUCGCAUACACAGGCCACCAGCGGAGCUUCAACAUAACCAAACUGUAGCGAUCGCCUCUCUUUUCCCUCCACGCCCUCGCCUCGCCCUCUGCAGACCCCUUGUGCCUGUUUCUUUCUCUCUGCACUGCCGUGAGCCUCUGUUUCAUCCCCACCCACCUUACGUAGACCCCUCGUAUUUUCUUCCGCAAAUGCACCGCGGCGCCACGCUGAACUGCACUGGUCUAUUCAUUAGACGCCCACGCGGCGUUUCAGGCAAAGGCAUCGCGUGAAAUCUGCCUCUUUUCUGCCACUAUCCCGGAUAACCUCUUUUACGAUAAUCUAUUCGAAUAACUCUGAAUUGUGCUUGCAGCGGGGGGUGCGAUGUGGACGGCGUUUCUAUCGCGGCACAUGCUGCGUUGCGUGCG